AUGGCCCGGACCACCCACAAAUGGCGGGCUUCGAAAGUCUUCGUUGUCGUUGUGAUUUCGACUGCUAUGUUUGCAGAUACGUUUCUCUUUAGUUUUAUUGUGCCCAUCCUCCAAGUGACCUUAGAAAAAAGAGUGAAGCUGAACCCAGACUAUACUCAAAUUGCUUCAUCUCUCAUUCUCUCCAUGAAUGCAUUGGUUUCUAUCAUCAUCGCCCCCCUUGUCGGUCGCCUGUCCGAUCGGGUUAGUAAAAAGAAUAACCUUAUGGUAGCGUCUUGGAUUCUGAAUAUAUUCGGAACUAUCCUUACUGGAUGGUGGUCAUCGCUUCUCGGUCUCUUCACUGGAAGACUCAUACAAACAAUUUCGGGCUCAGUGAUAUGGAUUGUGGGAAUGGCUAUCUUAGGGCAAACCGUUGGUGCCGACCGCAUGUCAACAACUUUCGGCGUGGUUACAAUGUUUAUAACAGCGGGCUUAUUCACUGGUCCAGCAAUAUCUGGCUCUUUGUAUGAAUUUGUCGGAUAUUCGAGAACUUGGUUGACCGCCUUGGCUAUACUUAUGGCAGGAACGACACUACAACUGAUCAUGGUAGAAAGUCCAGGAACGGCCAAAAAGACGCAAAUAGCGCAAUCUAAAUUUUCAGAAACCUAUGAAAAUAUUAUCGAAAGUGGAAAACCGGACAUUAUCAUGCCCGACGAUGACGAUUUAGGAUUCAGUGGGACUCACUCUGACGAUACCGAGGCCAGCGAAACCAGCUCCCUACUUGGUGGCACCCAGUCUUCCCUCAUUCAACCCGAUGUUAAUUCAUACCAGUCUAUUUCCCAACUCACUAGUGAGAGUUCGUUAUUACAGUCCCAAGACCGCCAGGAUAUACCCUCACAGAAUGUGUAUGUUCUUUUACUGCGCCAAUCCCGCGUCUUAGUUUCCCUAGUCAGCGACGUUGUUUUUGCCAUCAUCCUAGCAAGCUUGGAAGCAACUCUUCCAAGUCAUAUCCAAAAUGUAUUUGGCUGGCGGACACUCGGAGCAGGGCUUCUCUUUGUUCUCAUACAAGUUCCAACUUUGGUACUUCUAGGCCCCAUAGGCUUGUUGAAGGACAAAUUCGGCCUACGAUAUCCAAUCAGUAUAGGUUUUCUUCUCUUCGUCCCCUCUUUAUGGCUUCUCGGUCUGCCAGGGUCGGGUAUUUUUCAAUGGAUCGGGGACAAAGGCGUCGGUCCAAUAAUCUAUAUUGUGGCAUUAAUAUUGAUCGGCAUCUGCAGGACAUUAGUGAUAGGCUUUGGUGGAGUUGAGGUGAUGCAGGCUUCGAAUCAUCUUGAGGAAGAGAACCCAGGCAUCUUUGGUGAAAAUGGAUGUUAUUCACGAGCCUUUUCAGUGGCCAAUAUCUUUUGGAAAAUUGGAAUGUUAAUAGGCCCUCUGAUUUCUGGAGCUCUAUCUGAGUCAGUUGGUUACUAUUACAUGAACGUUUUUCUAGGUGAGUCUGUUCUUCUACCUGGGUACCUGGGCCGCAUCGUGCACUGUUAUUCAUACAUAAGAAGUACCAAUUGA